AUGCUCAUAAACUUGAAUGAGUGGUUGAUGACUCUCAAGUCUGAUGUGCAACCACCUGAACCAUUAGCCAUACGUAGGAAACUCCGUGUCCUAAUCAAGAAGCAUAAUGACUUUGAAAGGAUUAAAUCUAUUGUCAAUCCGGACAUUGUCGCAGCUUAUUUUCGACCAAACGUUGAUAGAUCGACAGAGAGAUUCCGUUGGAGGGUUGUAGAUAUCGAAAAAGUACGUACGUUGCUUUAUGCGAGGCUAGGAUGGGAUAAUGCAAAGUUUGAAAGGCAAACACUUACUGCACUUCAACGGUGGAAUGACUUUAUAAGCGGGAAGGCAUCAUACCAACGCCACAUUACUUCUUACACUCAUGUGCUACAACAGUCUCCUGCGGAGCAAAAAACAACGCUAACAAAGAGGGUGGAGACGGCAUUGGCUAGAUUGGCUAAGAAAACUGGUUCUUCUUCAUCUUUACCGGAGAUGUCAACGGAGCCACAAAAGCCUCCGAAAAAAGUUGCCUCCAAAAAGAGAGGGCGAUUACCAAAAAAAGCCGGUCCAUCGCGUUCUGACAACCCGCAUGAUCUGAAUUUGUCUGAAGAAUCCAGCUCUGACUGA